CAUCAGCUUUCCUAUGUAUUACUUUUCUCUAUGGCAUCAGCUGGCUGAAGAACUGCAAAAUUGUUAAAAAGUGUCGUUUUCUAAAUGAAAUAAGAUGGAAACCGAAGAUAAACAAUACAGAUGUGUUAAUUGCGGAGCACCGGCCGCAGCGUUGUUCAAAAGUUACGGCCCUUCUGUGCUGAAAUUAACUAAAUGUGAGAUAUGCAAGGGAAUUGUGGAUAAAUACAUAGAAUAUGACCCGGUCAUAGUAAUGAUUGACAUCGUGCUAAUGUCUCGAGAAGCUCAACGGCAUGUCUUGUACAAUACUGAGUUUAAGUCUUAUUGGAAACUUUUAAUCAUCUUGACGCUUCUUGAAACUUAUGGAGAAUGGAGGAAUGACAGUUUGUUCAGCAUUGUCAUCAGCUCUAUCUGUGGGCUACACAAAAACUCUACCUACUUAAACAUUCCGGAGGAAAUGGUUCCGCUGAGUUUCAAGAACAAAUGCUGGGCGUGGGACCUGGAGGAGAAAACAGAUGAUAUUGACUUAUUUAUUUGGGAAAAGGAUUUCUAUGUACGAUUCAUAGCCACUUUUUCUGGAAUCGUAAUGUUCAUACUAUUUGUUAACAGUUUGAUGAAAAUACAAGAUACAUGUUUUUCACUGAAUACAGUUACAUUUACAAGAAUCUUGAAAGGGUUUUCAUUGGCCAAUGUGAGCAUUCUGUUUACACUUCCAAUGCUUGUAUGGGGAAAUGCUGCUUCACUGGAGACCAAGUUAAUACACUAUGCUCUUGUGCUUGGAUACAGCAUCGUAAUGUUCACAAAUGUUUUCACAGUAUUAUACGAGUCUCCAGUGCUGACGACGUUCUUGAUUCUCGCCGUAAGCAACGUGGCCAAGUAUGUAACUAGUUUCAACGUAACGCCGUAUCUGCGCGAGUUGAUUUCUUGAACAAUGAAACAAUGAAUAUGUAUCACAGAGUAUUUAUUAGAAAAUAUAUUUACCUUAUCCGUUUACAGCAUUUUAUUAUACGACAAACCACAGUAAUACGUCAAGAGCAUUAUUAGCUGUACAUUUUUAUCAGAAUAUACAUACAUUGAUAGGCCCCUUUUUGUGACUUAUGCUUACUUUUUACGAUCUUAUCAAUAUCUCUAUUCUUCCACUUGCUUAUAACAUCAUUCCCUAUAGCCAAUAUUUAUUAGGUACUCUUAAUAGUGUCUUCAACAAUUUAUUAUUAAACAUAAAUAUAUGAAAGAAGAGAAGUUAUUAUGCAGUGAUAUUUCCAGCGUGGAAAAUUUAGGGAACCAUUUUUGUUUACCAGUGAUAUUUAAUAAAUAUGUUAUCAUCAUAAAAGUAACACAAACAUUUAUUUAUAAUACAAGUCCUCUGUUCCCCUUAUCCACAAUCCAACGCCUUCAUUAUCUACAUAUUUGUACAGAUGAAUUAUGUAGGCACAUAUUUUCUUGGAUUAAUAAAUGGUAGCCUACAUUAUAAGUAAUAAACUUCAUUAAAUUUUAAAUAGGUAUGUGCUACAAUACUAACAAUGUGAAUGUUUAACAAUUUUACAGAUUAAAUAAUUAUGUUAUGUGUACCAAAAGUAUCCACAAAACAUAAAUCUUUGACACACAAAAAAACAAGACAGUUCAAUGAAAUAAACUCUGUCAAUUAAUAAUAAAUUCUUCCAGGUUUUUUAUUACAUAGUACAAACAAAACAGUGAUAAAGUAGGUUGUACCUAUGUAUUUGAUAUUUUAAGAAAAAGAUAAAUUGGCUCAGGUAGGAUAGGUAGGUAUACAUAUAAGUGAUUUGCAGCUAAAAAUGCGUAGCUUUCUUGUCUGCAAGUAGCUUAACUUAACCCUACAAUACUUAUUUUCACAAGUAACUAAACAAAGUAAUAUCUAAUGAUCUAAUAACUAAGGAAUUUACUAGUGUUUUCGGUAUUACAAGCAGCUUUUUGGUACUUAAUUACAUAGGCAAGAUAAGGUGUAUUAGAAGAAUCUUAAAAUUUGCUAAGACAUGUAGCCUUUGGCUUUUUGGCAAUUCAUAGCAAAUGUUUUAAAAUUGAAUUUUCUCUAAAUAAGUUAGUAUGAUAUAAAACUAGCAAAGCAAAUCAUGAACCCUAAAAGGUAAUUUUGAUUUUAUACUAAUUCAAUUGGACAAUGUUGCUUUCCCAACCAAGAGAACAAUAUAAAAUGUGUGAUAAUAAGCACUGCCAAUUUACAGAAAUAAUGUGCAAAAAUAUAAAAAAAA